UCCACUAUCAAACCUUUUCCUUUGUUUCGUUUGCUUCCUUUCUGACUCUCUCUCUCUCUCUCGCUCUCUCUGUCAUUUACUUUUCCUCUUGUAGGGGCUCAUUUAUUGGCCUGGAAUCUUAGUUGAUUUCUUGUUUUUGCUGUUUAUUGGGUGCAUGUGGAGUUUGAAAUCAUAGCGAUGAUGAUGAUGGGAAAAUAGUUCUAGUCUUGGUAAAGUAGUCGCUAUUGUUGGCUUCUAACUUUGAUUGUUUCUUUUGGUAUAUAUUUUGCUUUCUCAGUUUUUGGUUGGGGCUGUUUCACAUUUAGAGCAUUUCCAUUUUCUGAGAUGGGUUCUUGACUGCAUUUGGCAUGUACCUUUUCUCCUAAUCUGAACCGACAUAAUUUUUUUCCCAUUUAUCCUAUUGGGUUUUUGUGGAUGUCUUUCGUUAGGCCGAGGUUAUGGCAAGCAUAUGUAGAGUUUUUUUUUUUUUUUUGGGGGUGAAUAAUGAGAAGUUUCUGAAUGAUUUAUUGACCAAAGUGGCUCAUGUAUUGCUCCUGUGUUUUGCUGUGUGUUUGAGUUUCUCUAGAGAUAUGCUCCUGUAACGUUUUUCUUUAGAUUUUCUUGCAUUCUUGCAUGUGGAAAGAAAGGCCCCCCCUUUACCAGUAUUUGACUAUGUAACAGCGUGAGUGCUGAUGCCCUUCUUUUUGGUCUUCUCAAACUGUUUUCUUUUUUCUUUUUUUUUUUUGGGGUCUCUUAAAACAUAAAUGAAUCAAAGUGAAAUCUAGCUGACACGUGUAGAAUAAUGGGUAAUCUUUCAGUAAUUACGUUGGGUGAGCAUAUCUAAUUACAAGAAAAUGUUGUUUGAGCAUCGUUUUCAAUAUUGGUGUUCAGGUAAUUGGCUCUUCCUAACUGUAUAUUAAAGAGUCCAAGGUGAAGAGGUAUUUUGGGAAAAAAGGAACAUUGUAUUCUGGGAUUAAUUAAACUAAUCCCUAAAAGAGUGGAAAGGAACCUACUUGUUGAAGGUCCCGUGGCUUUUUUAUAAAAGUCCGAAGUAUUGACAACUUUGAGGCCAUACGAAUUCUGGACUUGCCAAGAAACGAUCGGAAUUCCUGUUCAUUCAAUGCCCCGUUUUACUGCUAAUUGUCCAUUGUGGUGGAAUUCCGAUGUACAUCGAAUUCCACCAGCUUUAUCUGUAAAUGCAUGCUUGAAAGCAGGAUCUCCUCCACAACUUUGUCAUGAUGCAAAGCAUUUAGGUCUUCAACUACCGAUCCAGGAAUCAACCACAAAUCAGUUGACUGGUCAAUCUCACCCCAAAGCAGGUGCUGCGGGAGGGAGCAAUUCUCAAGAUCAAUGCAUUUCAUCAGAAUCUGAUGGAGAUGAAGGCUGUGUCAGGGAUGUGGAAGGUCAAAAGAAGCCUUUCUUAUUGAAUAAUCCAUAUAUUAUUUGCAAUCCUUCACAAGUUGCUCACAACUAUUUAAUGUCUCGAGUGUCACAUGCCUAUGCCGAGCCAUGCUUGUUGACUACUUACAGACUACCAGCUAUUAUUCAGCCCGAGAUGGUGGGGAGAGUGCCUGCACGAGUCCCACUGCCACUUGAUUUUUCAGAUGAUGGACCCAUUUAUGUCAAUCCGAAACAGUACCAUGGAAUUCUUAGAAGGAGGCAGUCACGUGCAAAGCUUGAGGCUAAAACAAAAGUUGUCAAAACUCGAAAGCCAUAUCUUCACGAGUCACGGCAUCGUCAUGCAUUAAAUAGGGUUAGGGGAUCCGGUGGACGCUUUGUCAGCACAAGAAAGCUUCAUAAUCCUGAUCCGGCCGCCACUGACUUGCUUUCAAGUAAAACUAUGUCUGAGUUUGAUAGUCAUCGAUAUGCGGGUGGUCAAGAUACCACCUGCUCCAACAUCACACUUAUCUCCAAUAGCAAUGAUAACAAUACGUUUCAGCUGCGAGAUCCUAGAUUCUCAGGCAUCUCUCCCCUCAUGGGUGGAUCCAUGCAAUGCAAUGGAGGCCUUGUGUCUGGUGGCACCCAGCACUGUGCUUCAGUCGUCCGGUAAGACGAAUACAAAAGACCACGUUACUGGUCUGGCAAUUCAUCCUUGGCUUUGUUACUUUACUUUCUGUAUGUUUCCUACAUGUCUUGCAAAAAGCUUUUGGCAUACCACGAUGUAAUCUCUACCAAACUGUUUCAUUUGCAUGUGUUAAUAAGAGAACAUCGAUAUGGUUGCUAAUACAUCACUUUUGCUGUUCCUAAAUUGUUUGCACAAGUGUGUCAAGCGAAACAUUGACAUGUUUUGUAUUCCCAUGUGUGGCAUGGUUU